GGCAGAGGAGGGACUACAGAGCAAUUCUGGCCAGGCAGCUCCAAGCUGUGACGUUAGCAAGAGAGGGGCGGGUGUCUGAGAAAUAAACCGAGAGCGAGAGAAGGGGAAUGGGUGGAGGAAACUGGGGAGACAGAAAUAGCAAAGAGUGAGAGAGCAGGAGCAGGAAAAAGAGGCAGGGGUGAGAGGUAAAAACACGGGGAAGAGAGCAAAGAGAGAUCAUGGAGCUGCUCCUGUGGCUCUGGUCCCAGCUUCGAUCCUGCGGGAACAACCUCCCAGCACUGGGCAUAGCCCUCACAGUCUUCGCUCUGCUAUUUGAUUUCCUGAAGCGCAGGAAGAGCUGGAGUCGCUACCCACCAGGGCCGAGCUCUCUGCCCUUCCUUGGAACCAUGCUGCACAUCGAUUUCCACAACCCGCACGUCUCUUUUACCCAGCUGAGUAAAAAAUAUGGAGAUGUCUUUAGUCUUCAGAACUGCUGGAGUAAUCUGAUAGUCGUGAAUGGAUUCAAAGCAGUAAAGGAAGCAUUGGUUCAGAAAUCAGAGGACUUUGCUGACCGACCAUACUUUCCUAUAUAUGAACACUUGGGUUAUGGAGAGAACUCCGAAGGGGUGGUGCUUGCAAGAUAUGGUCAUGCCUUCAAGGAGCAAAGGCGAUUUGCACUCUCCACCUUGAGAAACUUUGGGAUGGGAAAGAAAUCCCUGGAGCAGCGUGUGACCGAGGAAGCUGGAUUUCUAUGCUCUGCGAUCUGUUCUGAAAAAGAUCGUCCUUUCGAUCCACAUUUUCUUAUAAACAACGCAGUUAGCAAUGUGAUCUGCUCCCUCAUCUAUGGUGAGCGCUUUGACUAUGACAAUAAGAAAUUUCAGCGGUUGCUGCAUUUGGUUGAACAGGCCUUGAAGGAAGAAGGUGGAUUCCUGCCCCAGCUCCUUGUUGUAGUACCUUGGCUGCUGCGCAUCCCUGGGGUGCCACAGAGCGUCUUCCGAUCCCAGAAGGAGGUCCUGGACUUCACAAAUGAGCUUGUGAAGGAGCACAGGAUGACUUGGAAUCCUACCCAAAAGAGAGACUUCACUGAUGCUUUUCUACAAGAGAUCGAGAAGGCUAAAGAGCAUGCAGGGAGCAGUUUCAAUGACAACAACCUUCCUAUGGUAACAGUUGACUUGUUUACCGCUGGCACUGAGACCACUUCCACCACCCUGCGCUGGGCGUUGCUGUACAUGCUUCUCCACCCUGAUAUCCAGUGUAAAGUCCAUGAGGAAAUUGAUAAGGUGAUUGGCAGGGACAGGUCACCCCAGAUGGAGGACCAAGCGAACAUGCCUUAUACCAGUGCUGUGAUCCAUGAAACUCAACGUUAUGGGGAUAUCGCUCCCGUUGGAGUGCCUCACAUGACAUACCGGGACACUGACCUUCAAGGCUUCUUCAUUCCAAAGGGGACGACAGUCAUCACUAACUUGUCCUCGGUGCUGAAGGAUGAAACGGUUUGGGAGAAGCCGCACCAGUUCUACCCGGAGCACUUCCUGGAUGCAGAUGGGCAGUUUGUGAAGCGAGAGGCCUUCCUGCCUUUCUCUGCAGGUCGUCGUGUUUGCCUGGGGGAACAACUGGCCAGGAUGGAGCUCUUUCUUUUCUUCACCAGCCUCCUGCAGCACUUCACCGUCCGUCUCCCUGAGGGCCAGGCCAGGCCUCAAGAGGAUGGACACUUUGCCACGACACUCACCCCCCAACCCUACCAGAUCCAGGCUGUCCCAAGAUAAGUGCAGUUUUCUGCAAAGUUCCUCUCAUAUAUUUUAGGAAUGCUGUAGUGCUUAACUGAAAGAUGCCCCUACUCCAACGGGGCAGCUUUUCCCAUCGGCAUAGUUAAGCCACCUCCCUGAGGGGCAGUAGCUGUGUCGAUGGGAGAACCUCUGAUGACACAGCACUGUCUACACAGAGGUUAGGUUGGUAUAACUAUGUCGCUCAGGGGUGUGGUGUUUUCACACCCCUGAGUGACGUAAUUAUACCAAUAUAAGCCUGUAGUGUAGACCUGGCCUUAGUGUUGUGUCUGCUUCAUUCUUUAACAGAGUCUGCUUGAGAUCAGCUGAAGUGAUGCUAUCAGCACUAUUGACUGUUUACCUGUCAGCACUGUGUAGAUCCCUGUCACGUGCAUCGCAAAUGUGUAACAGAAUGCUUAAGAUAACAUCAUUGGAUAUCAAGCGCCUGGCAGACUUGUCACUGCAACACAUAAUGAGCUUAGUGCAGCUGUUCAAAUGGGAAGCUCAAUGCUCUGAGCCAGCAGGGUGUGGUUUGGUUUUCUAGCACUUUUCCUGGGUAUUCCCUUCAGGGCCAGGCCAAUGCCUCUUCUGAGAAGAGAUUUUGAAGCAUACUUUGCAUUUUUGCUUGUACAAGCUGCAGACAGUGCUAUUGACAGAGAUUUACCUGCGUUACUUCAGGAGAUUUGGUAAACAAAAAUGGAUCACAUCUUCCACUGAUGUAAAGUGACUUCAAUGGAGCUAUGCCUAUCUGUGCCAGCUGAGGAUCUGGCCUAAUAUGUCCUUUAUAGUUUAGUGUAAUUCAGGGGUGGGCAAACUACAGCCAAUGGGCCGGAUCCGGCCCACGAGCCAUUUUAAGCUGACUCUGCUCCGGCUCUCCAGCUGGGGCGCUGGUUUCUGGGGCCGCAGAACGGCCCCGCGCUGUCCGUGGCGCUGGGUCGGGGACCACACAUUGUGGCUCCCGGAAGCCACAGCAUGACCCCUCUCCGGCUCCUACGCGCUCCAAUGGGAGCUGCAGAGGCGCUGCCUGCGGAUGGGGCAGCGUGCAGAGCUGUCUGGCCAUGUCUCGGUGUAGGAGCUGGAGAAAGGACAUGUCAUUGCUUCCGAGAACCACUUGAGGUAAGCGCCACUCAGAGCCUCCGCCCCAUGAGCCUCUCCCCACGCCCCAACCCCCGGCCCCAGUCCUGAUCCCCCUCCCUCUCUCGAAACCCCUCAAUCCUAGCCUUGAGCACCCUCCUGCUCCCCUAACUCCUCAUCCCCAGCCCUACCUCAGAGCCUGCACCCCCUCCUGCACACCAACCUCAAUUUUGCAAGCAUUCAUGGCUCACCAUACAAUUUCUAUUCCCAGAUGUGGCCCGCGGGCCAAAAAGUUUGCCUGGUAUAAUUCCAGUUUUGAUCUUAUCUUUUUCGCUUUACACAAACGUAAUAUGAAGGAACCACAUGUGUACAGUGGGGUCCGAACACGUGUUUAUUGGAAAUACGCAAUAUGACAGGCAUUCCUCCAUGUACACACGGCUGCUCUGGUUGGGUUCUG